AUGUCUCGAAAUAUUUUGAUCCUUGUUUUCAUCAUCGCCAUUUGUUUUGCAAGCAACGUCACUUCCAAAAAGAUUGCGCUUACUGGCUUCAAGUAUAAGAGUCCUUCUCCAACCAAAACCUCCAUUUCGUCAAGCAUCAAAGUCUCCACGAAAGCACCUGCGCCAACUACCCCUCCACAAAAAGUAGAUUUUCCGACAUUUCAAGUCGUCAAACGAGAAACAGUGGUCGAAUCAUGCGGCAACUAUCAAAUUCCAAAUUUUGAUCUCGAAUUAUAUUCCGGAGAAAGUUGUGAUGUCGACGAAUAUGGAUUAAUGUUUGGAGUUUGCUAUGCUGGUAUUUCGGAUCCGAGGAGUUGUGGUUGGCCAGGGGUCUGUGUCGACAAGCAUGCUUGUACAAGUAGUUGUGGAAGAACAUCAGUUCCAAACAUAAGUGUUACAACUUGCGGUGGCACCAACGAUGGAAACGAUUAUUGCGCCAUGUGGUAUCUCGUAUCGGAUACAUAUGUCUAUACAUCCAUCCUAUGUAGUGAUAAACAAAGUUGGCAAACUUGGGAAGCCACUUUUGUCACACCGAUCUCAGUAGAUCUCGUCACCUAUUUUUCUACCACCACAAUAACUCCAGAAAAGUCAGAAACGUCAGCAACGCCAACAACUACAAUGUCAUCGAAAAGUUCAAGCACACUGACCAUCUCAAUUGGAAGCCCAACCGACGAAGGCAACAGCGCUGCCGAUACAGAUUCUCCUAAUAGUAAUCACUCCUUGGGUGCCAUCAUUGGUGGAAUCUUGGGUGGAAUUGGUGCUGUCUCAAUUUUGGGGUUUCUUGCCUGGUUCUUUCAUCAUCGCAGAGAGUCAAAGAAAAGAGCCAGCAGAGCACUUGCAUAUGACCCUGGGCAUUCUUCCUCUGAAGAUCAUGACUUGCCCAAUGCAGUGAGUGCGACUCAAGCGGAAUCUGUUCAUCACUCCGUCAGGUCGUCGAAGCCCCCCGGAAGCCCUAGCCAAGGAUAUGUCCCGACGGGAUAUACAGAUAGUCCACUUGGUAGUCCGAACAUUGAUAAUGGCAGUAUACAUACCGGUGGAAUACUGACUCCAAGCGCUAUGAGUCCAAGUAUGAGUCCGAGUUUCAUGGUACCGGGUGACGCACAAAGUAUGCAUAGUGCUUAUGCUGAUCAGCCUCUGUAUGAGAUGCAUGCCGAUCAAAUUGUUCAUGAGAUGCCUGCCGAUCCCAUCGGACCUAAAGAGUUACCAGCAUGA